UCGGCGCAUGCGCGCGGGAGACUUUCCUGGGCUUCUAGCUGUCGCGUUAGGUCGAGAAGAAAACGCCCUUUACGAUUCAAAUGGCGGCGGGACGCUGUUGUAGAAGCAAACUUUGGGUGCUACGCUGGGAGCUUCUCUGAGAGUCGUAUGUCACAGAGGUGCAGCUCUGUAAUUAUUCAAAGCAGCAAAGCCGUAACAAAGAGAUGGACUCAAAGCCCCAGAAAGAUCCUGUUUUUACGUGUGGUGCAAACAAUCCUACCGCAUCUGUUGCCUUCAAAGACCCAAAUCAAAGACUCAUGAAGUCAGUGAAAAAGGUUGCACUGCCACCCCCUUCGAAGAAAGGAUUGCCAAUAGCUACACGAUCUAGCCCUAUGAAUAGAUACAAACGGGAGACCGAACUCAGAAACAAAAACAAGUUCCUGGAGAAUGUCAAAAGUGAAUUGAGUUUAAAAGUGGAGGAAAUGCAGAAGGAGGUGAAAGAGAUGAAGGAGCUAUGUGAUAGUCUUGAAAAAGAAAAUGAUAAGCUGAAAAAAUUUCAGGAAAGCUGCCUCUUGAUAUUAGAAGCCAGGAAUUGUGAUCCAGUUACAGGGGACCAAAUUUUGGAGGAGGAAGAAAUGAACAAGAAGACACAAACUGAGAUAACGGUUUUAUCAGACAAACUUAAUGCUGAUCUUGAAUUGUUCAUCCAAAUGGCUAAAAAGGAAAAAGAAAAUCUUCAGAAUGCUCAGACCAGAUGGAAGCAGAUAGAGGAGGAGAGGACCCACUUCUUACAGGAACAACAAUCUUUUCAUAGAGAAAUGGAAGAGCUGGUUGCUGCCUUAAACCAGGAAGUUGACUUCUUAAGCUCAUCAUAGACUUAAAUUGAGAUUAAGUUUACUAUGGAUCAUUUAAACAAUAACUCAUAUUCUCCAGAAUAGCUAGACAUGUAAGAAGAUACGAAACUUAAUACUAAACUGUAUGUACCAGAGGAAUUUAAGGAAUAUUGUUUUUCUUGUUUUCCUGUGGCUUUGAAAACAGCUAAUCUAGGUAUGUGAGAUAUACUUUCUGUUACCUUAAUCUCUCAAUCUUUCAGUUUUCUGUUCCUGAAAAGAAUUCUACUCCCCAAAUAUGAAAUUACAGGCAGAAAUGUUCAUUCUCCUAUUUAUUGGGGUGGAAGAGCUUUAAGUAUGUCAUGUCCAGGCAAAUACUCUUCAGAUUGAACUUCAGCUUCCAUCAGUCCUAGCUAAUAUGGAUGAUGACAAAAGAUUGUGGAAGUUGUUUCCAAAAUAGCUGGAGCAAGCUAUAACUACUAUAUUAUAAAAUCUUUAAGCUGUUCCAUUGGCAGGCCAUUUUAAUGUACUCAAUGGCUCCAAACAAGGGAUAAUAAUUAAAAUCUAUUAAAUUCUGAGUGGUCGUAUAAUUGGAUGAUGUGUUUAUGUUUUUAGUUGACAUUUUGUGUAAGUUCUUGAUGUUAAUGACAAUAAAAAUUUACUAUGUUUAAAUUUUA